ACUAGCUUGAUUGAGAGGAGCCUUUGUUGCUCGCGAUGUCGUCGUGUUUACCUGAAGACAUUGAAUUAAUUGAGAAACACGAGGAAAUUCUGAGAAGGAGAGCAGAGCUGCUGGAGCCGAUGGAGAGUCGCAGGCAGCAGCUGAAGGUGAUGAAGAGGAAGCAGGUGGAGGUGUGUGAAGCUGCUCGGGCCAGGAACACCACCCUACUGCAGGAUUUACAGAAGAUAGAGGAUCGUCUCAGGGGAAGACCGCUGCCACGUCCAGAUCUCCUGGCUCUAGAGACGAGAUACUGGGCGUCUGUGGAAGAGUCCAUCCCAGCCUGGGAGAACUUCCUUCUGGGUAAAGGACCCCACCCUACCGAUGGUCCAGAGCAGCCACCCAGGAGACCAAAACAGAAACCCAGCACAGCGAAAGACAGAGGCCUGCCUCCUCGCCCAAGACCCCGGACAGCUCGGUAGGUGAGGGGUGGUGGUCAUGGUGGUGGUGAUGGUGCACUAGACUCUGGUGACAUGGUGCUGAUGAUCACAGACUUGGAAAUUCAAACACACACUCGACCAUCCUCACUACAAGAGCUUGACGUGGACUUUGUGAACAGACCGCGAGGGCUACUGGAAAGUGUCAUUGUGGACUGAAGUUUGAAUGCUUGCAUUACUGUUUUCAAACCACCAGAGGGAGCCAGUGUCAUAGAUAAAGCCCUGUGUCGUUUGAGAACCAACAUGCGUCUAUAGCACUGAUUUAUGUCUUAUACAACUCACACUUAACUUGCUCAAAUUGCUGGAGCAUUCAGAGCUCAAAUAGUCACUGAAUCAUCAAACUGAAUUCUUGAUUUUAUUUGAGGUUCUUUCAUAUUUUUGAAAAAAUAAAUCUGAGUUGAUUCAGAGGACUGCAGCUGAGAUAUCCCAAAAUGUUGAACAUUAUCCUCCAUUUGUGCUCAUAACCACGGGAGAAACAAAACCAUAACGAUGAUAAGUUCAGUAUUUAAAGAGACACUAACAUUUACAAAAAGACAAACAUUAAAGAAUAUCAUCAUCUUUAUGAUUCACCUUAAUUCUAGUGGUUUGUAUGUGUUAAUAAUUCCACCCUAAGUCACCAAACAGGCUAUAGAGGGGACAGUGAGGACAGAGGGUGCAGGUGGACGAGUGGUUAGUUUGUGCGCCCCAUGUACAGAGGCUGCUCUCCUUGAAGUAGAUGGCCCGGGUUAGAAUCCGACCUGUGGCUCCUUUCCCUCAUGUUAUUCCUCUCUCUCCCCCCCCCAAAAUAUUGACUCUCUCCCUACCGGUCUCUCCAAAAAAAAUCCUCAAAAU